UCGACAGACGCUGCUCCUUCUGGAUAUUAUGGCGGAAUCCGUGGGGUCUCGUCGGGAUGAGGCUGUUCCCCCACUUGUUGCUUCGUCUUCGGCCGAGGAGCACUCUGUCCUUGCUUCGGAAGUAGCCGAACGGCAGGAGAACGACCCAGCAGAGGCAAAGGAGGAGGGGCUGGCUGGAGAGAUUAGAAGCAAGGAUGCUUCUGAGUUGGUUCCAGGAGAAACAGAGGAGUCCACAUCACAGUCUUGUGCGGCCAAGAAAAUAAAAAUAGAGAUAAAGGAGAAGAAAGAGAAGAAACAUAAAGUAGAUGAAGAUGAGAUACAAAAAAUGCAAAUACUGGUUUCAUCUUUUUCUGAAGAACAACUAAAUCGUUAUGAAAUGUAUCGCCGGUCAGCUUUUCCAAAGGCUGCUAUUAAGCGGCUGAUCCAGUCAAUUACUGGAACUUCUGUCUCUCAGAAUGUUGUUAUUGCCAUGUCAGGAAUUUCCAAAGUCUUUGUUGGAGAGGUAGUUGAAGAGGCACUAGAUGUAUGUGAGAAGUGGGGAGAAUCGCCACCUCUGCAACCGAAGCACAUGCGUGAGGCAGUCAGACGAUUGAAGUCACGAGGACAAAUACCCAACUCAAAAUAUAAAAAAAUUCUCUAUCACUGAAGAGGAGCCAUCAAGUGGGUUGGGGAUUUUGCAGCUUGGAUUAAAGCAAACAGGACUUUUGCUAAUGGUGCUCUCAGAUGGGAUGUGAUUUGAGUUUUCCUCUAAAAGGGAACAAAAGCAAUUAAACCAGAAGGGUUAUUGCUGUCAGAGCAGUAAGAAUGAAAAUGACAGCUAUCCCUAAUAAAGGAACUACAUUUAAAUAA